CUCUGGCUCCCCCCUCACCCCACUCCCUCGCCUGUUCUCAAUACCCCAGGACUUCCAGUUUCAUCUUCCUGCCCCCUCCAGACUGAAACCAGCCCCUUCAGGCCCCACUCGGCACUAGUGAUUGGGCCUGCCCACCCUCAGGGAGGUGCCUCAUGGCAGCCCUCCCACCACCGCCCCCUGGGCCUGGUUUCCUCAGGAAAAGCCUUGGGAGGAAACAGGGAGGGGGUUGGAGCUGUGGGGGCCAGGCUCACUCAAACCCUCUCACUGCACUGGCCGCCAUGGGCCUGCGGCUGCUGCUCCCCCUGCUACUGCUCUGGACUCAGAAGACCCAGGGGUCUGAGCUGGACCCUAAUGGGCGGCAUGUCUGCAUGGACAACAGCCCCUCUGCUGAGCUCCAGUGCUGCCCAGGCUGGAAGCAGAAGGAUCGAGAAUGCACCAUUGCCAUCUGUGAGGGACCCGAUGCCUGCCGGGAAGACGAAGUAUGUGUGAAGCCAGGCCUCUGUCGAUGCAAACCUGGCUUCUUCGGGGCCCAGUGCAACUCCCGCUGCCCGGGCCAGUACUGGGGCCCCGACUGCCGGGAGAGCUGUGCCUGCCACCCCCAUGGCCAGUGCGAGCCCGACACCGGUGUGUGCCGCUGCCAAGCCAACCGCUGGGGUAGCCGCUGCGAGUUCGAGUGCACUUGCAGCCCUCACGGGCGCUGCGACCCGAAGACCGGCGCGUGCCACUGCGAGGCGGGCUGGUGGUCGACCAAGUGCCACCACCGGUGCCAGUGCAACCCAGUGGCGGCCCGCUGUGACCAGGCCACCGGCAACUGCCUGUGCGAGGUGGGCUGGUGGGGCCGCCGCUGCAGCUUCCGCUGCAAUUGCCACGGCUCGCCGUGCGCGAAGGAGUCGGGUCGCUGCGCCUGCCGGCCGGGCUGGUGGGGCCCCGAGUGCCGGCAGCGGUGCGAGUGCGUGCGCGGCCGCUGCGGCGCGGACUCCGGCCAGUGCGCGUGCCCGCCCGGCUUCCGCGGCCUGCGCUGCGAGCUGCCCUGCCCCGCGGGCCUCUACGGGGCGCAGUGCGGCCACAGCUGUGGCCACUGCGAGCAGAAUGAGCCGUGCUCUGCAGACACAGGCAGCUGUAAGUCCUGCGAGCCGGGCUGGAACGGGACCCAGUGCCUCCAGCCCUGCCCACCUGGUACCUUCGGUGAGAGCUGUGGACAGCAGUGCCCCCAGUGCAGGCGUGGGGAGGCCUGCCAGCCAGACACUGGGCACUGUCUGAGCUGUGACCCUGGCUGGCUGGGGCCCAGGUGUGAAGAUCCCUGCCCAAGUGGCACCUUUGGGGAGGGCUGUGGCUCCACCUGCCCCACCUGUGUUCAGGGGGCUUGUGAUGCUGUGACUGGGGAGUGUGUCUGCAACGCUGGCUACUGGGGACCCAGCUGCAACGUCUCAUGCCCAUCUGGCUUCCAUGGAAACAACUGCUCUGCUCCCUGUGAAUGCCCGGAGGGACCCUGCCACCCUGUCUCUGGGGCCUGCCAGCUGGGGUCUCACAGUCAGGACGCCACCCUCAUCGCUGGCAUCCUUGUGCCUCUGCUGCUGCUCCUCCUGGGCAUUGCCUGCUGUGCCUGCUGCUGCUGGGCUGCCCGGUUGGACCCCAAGGACAGGCCAGCGAGCGAUGGAGCUGCUGUGUCCAGGAAGAAGCUCCAGGUCUUGUGGGAGACACUGACCAGCCUGAGCUUCGCGCUACCCUGCAGGUCCCUCAGCAGCCACAAGCUUCCCUGGGUGACAGGUAGGUGGGCGCUGAGGGUCGGGGCUGGAAUGGGACACGGCUUCCCGUCAGGCUCGGCGCCUGACCUGGAGCCCCCUGCAGUCUCCCACCACGACCCGGAGAUCCCCUUCAACCACAGCUUCAUUGAGCAGCCCUCUGCGGGCUGGGCCUCGGACGACUCCUUCUCUUCUGAUUACGACUGUGGAGAAGAGGAUGAGGACCCUGCCUACUGCGUGCCACCCCAAGAAGGGAUGGUCCCUGUGGCCCAAGCAGAGUCACCAGAGGCCAGCCUGGGUGAUGGUCCCUUCCCUCCCCCUGAGGAUGCCUCCACCCCAUUCGCUAUCCCACGCACGUCCAGCCUAGCACGGGCCAAGCGACCCUCGGUUUCCUUUGCUGAAGGCACCAAGUUUGCACCGCAGAAUCGCCAAAGCUCCGGGGAGCUCUCCAACCCACUCCGCAAGUCCAAACGGCUCUCCCGGGGUGGCCAGCCAGGUCCUGAAAGCCAGGAGGCUGAGGAGUCCACGGGCCCUGAAAAAACGGAAAGGGACAAGGCCCCUCCUGGGGCACCCAGCCCCAAGGAUUCAGCCACGGGCCACCGCCGGCUCCCACUUGGUGGCCGGACAGUGGCUGAGCGCGUGGAAGCCAUCGAAAGCAGUGUCCAGGAGAGCUCAGGCUCCGUAACCACAAUAUACACCUUGGCAGGGACACCCUGGGAAUCUGAGGGCCCGGUCCGGUCUGUCCUCCGCCGUUUCGGUAGCUUCCAGAAAGGCCAGGCAGAGCCCAAGGUCAAGAGUGCCAUCCCCAAGCCUCCUCGUCGGGCAUUGAGUCGGAACAAGGGCAGACCCGGGCUGGCCUCUGGCUCUGCCAGUCAGAGCCCUGGCCCAGCCCCCAACGAGGAGCCCACUGGGGCCUCGCAGCCCGCAGGAACUGGGCCAGAGGAGGUGGCCAGUGGGCUGAGGGAUGGCAUCAAGAGCUCAGGGAGGGUCCAGGAGCUGGGCCCCGGUGGCCCCCCAAAACAGGAUCCCCAGAAGCUGGCUGACGAGGAAGGGCAGGAGGAGCCCCAGUAUGAGAAUGUUGCACCCAUCUCUGGGCCACCAGAGCCCCGAGGACUGUGAAUUUGGGGAGUGGGAAGGCUAUGGAUAGGGGGUAGGCAUCGAACUGCCUCUGCAUCAGAUUGUAUUUUGUGCUGGAAAAAGGUCCCAGGGCCAGGAAAGACCUCCCAGAGCCUCUGGCCUUGGUGGGGAAACAGCUGAGGUAGAGGCCAGUUGGCUCUGGGCCCUGGCGGUGUUCCAGGGAAGGUCUGGAAGGCCUGGGCAGAGACCCCAGGGGAUGGGGUCAGGAAGGGGAACGAGACGGCUGCAGGAACGUUUUGCUGUUGUCCUGGACUUUGCUUUUCUUUCCUUCAUUUGCAAAAUAUUUUUCUAAAAUGGAAAACAACCUAAAUGUUUGAUGAUAAAAGAUUGGUUAAAUAUUUUUUAUGAUAGGUUCCUAAACAACCAUGAAAAAUUAUGUUGUGUAAGAGAGCGAGAGAGAGAAACAUCGACGGGUUGCCUCCCACAUGGCACCCUGACCAUGUGCUCGUACCCGCAACCUGGGUAUGUGCCCUGACCAGGAAUUGAACCCGCCACCUUUGGUGUAAGGACGAUGCUCCAACUGAGCCACACUGGCCAGGGCUCAUUUUCUUUUUAAACUUUUGUAUAAUUUGCAUAUUUUGUACAGUGAAUGUUCUUUUUACUUUCCUCACUCGAUUAAACUUUUAUU